AAUCACCGCUUAGCGUUUCGAGCUCAAGAAAAAUACCUCUCUCUCUCUCUCUCUCUCUCUCUAUCUCUAUCUCUCUGCGAAGACUGUCUCUCUAUCUCUCUGCGAAGACUGCAACUACUGAACCAGCCAUGGCUUUUCCCUACAUGGAAGCCGUCGUCGGAUUUAUGAUUUUAAUGUACAUCUUCGAAACUUAUCUUGAUUGGCGGCAACAUGCUGCUCUUAAACUGCCAACUCUUCCCAAAACGUUGGAGGGGGUAAUAAGCCAAGAAAAGUUUGAAAAGUCUCGGGCCUAUAGUAUUGAUAAGAGCCACUUCCAUUUUCUUCAUGAGUUCGUAACCAUACUGAUGGACUGUGCAAUUUUGGUUUUUGGGGUAUUGCCUUGGUUUUGGAAGAGAUCAGGAGACUUUCUUGUAUACCUUGGCCUUAGUGCAGAGAAUGAAAUAGUUCACACGCUUGCAUUUUUGGCUGGCGUUAUGAUUUGGUCACAGAUUACUGAUUUACCAUUUUCUCUGUACUCGACAUUUGUCAUCGAGGCCCGUCAUGGCUUCAAUAAACAAACAAUAUGGUUAUUCUUUCGGGAUAUGAUCAAAGGAAUAAUGCUAUCGAUUAUAAUUGGGCCGCCUGUGGUUGCUGCAAUUAUUGUAAUAGUACAGAAAGGAGGUCCUUACUUGGCCAUUUAUCUUUGGGGUUUUAUGUUUGUUCUAUCUCUUGUGAUGAUGACUAUUUACCCAACUUUAAUUGCACCACUUUUUAACAAGUUCACUCCACUUCCAGAAGGAGAACUCAGGGAGAAAAUUGAGAAUCUUGCCUCAUCGCUCAGAUUCCCUCUAAAGAAAUUGUUCGUUGUCGAUGGAUCUACGAGGUCAAGCCAUAGCAAUGCAUAUAUGUACGGAUUCUUUAAGAACAAGCGCAUUGUCCUCUACGACACUUUGAUUCAGCAGUGCAAAAAUGUGGAGGAGGUUGUUGCAGUGAUUGCACAUGAAUUGGGUCAUUGGAAGCUCAAUCACACGAUGUACUCCUUCAUUGCUGUUCAGAUUCUCACAUUCUUGCAAUUUGGAGGGUACACUCUUGUGAGGAACUCAAAGGAUCUGUUUCAUAGUUUCGGGUUUGAUACGCAACCGGUCCUCAUUGGGCUCAUCAUAUUUCAGCACACUGUAACACCUCUCCAGCAUCUUGUAAGCUUUGGUCUUAAUCUCGUUAGCCGGUCCUUUGAGUUUCAGGCUGAUGCUUUUGCUAAGAAACUUGGCUAUGGCGCUCCACUUCGUGCUGGUCUUGUGAAACUUCAGGAGGAAAACCUCUCAGCUAUGAACACAGAUCCUUGGUAUUCUACCUACCAUUAUUCUCAUCCUCCUCUUGUUGAAAGACUGGCUGCAAUUGAUGAACCUGACAAGAAGGAAGACUAAAACGAACAUGGGCUUGCUAAAGUUGGUGAAUACAUUCGAGGCAAUUUCAUACUCAUCAUACUUUCAACCGGAGCAUUUCCAAGCUCCAGGGUCGUUGGUUUUUAGUUUUCCCGUGCAAAUUCUGUUGGAACUUUACAUUUCGAUGACCUGGUUUUAAAUUUGAUUCCCGAAGGUAGUUUUGAGAUGGAGAGAGGAAACAUCAAAAGAUGAGUUGGAGAAUAGAUUGAUGUUGUUUACCAAAUUUGUUAUCAAUUACGAACUCGUAACAGUGUUUUACGCUCCUAUCAGUUAAGUUGUAUCAUAAGUUUCAACUCAA